AUGGUUGAGAGACCCUUGCUUACUCCAGAUAUUGAGGGCGAAUCCGUAGAUCAAGCUCACUACACAUUAAUGAUCGGUUUGUUGAUGUAUAUAUCUGCAAGUCGUCUAGACAUCAUGUUUGCAGUUUGUCAAUGCGCAUGCUAUGAAGCUAAUCCUAAACUUUCACAUCUUAUUGUUGUCAAAAGAAUCUUUUGGUAUCUUAAAGGCAGCCCAAAUUUGGGUCUUUGGUAUCUGAAAAAUUCUGAAUUUCAUUUAAAUGCAUUUGUUGAUAGAAAUUAUGGAGGCUGUGAGCUUGACAGGAAGUCUACAUCAGGAGGAUCUCAAUGCCUUGGUGACCGGCUGGUGUCUUGGCAGUGCAAGAAACAGCACACCGUCUCAACCUCAACAACAUAA